AUGAAAGUCUUUAGUUGCUUACCACCUGCACCAAAUUGGAAUUCUUCAAAGGCUGCAACAAUUUCUAUAGAAGAAAACCUAUUCGCCUAUGCUUCUUCAAACGAUGUUAUAUUAUUAAACGCUGAAACACUUCAGUAUGUGGGUAGAUUUCGCGGACACACAGACAGGGUGAACGCGGUAGACUUUUGUGACAAUCUUUGUGCUAGUGGAGGUGCUGAUACCACAAUUAGAUGUUGGGACGCGUUGACUCAAAAACAAAUGGCUAUUUUGAAGCAUCAUAAGAGUGAAAUCUAUGCUUUGGCGUGGGUGAAAGACAAAAAAUUUAUAGUAUCAGGAGAUAAAUCCGGUGAUAUUUCUAUAUGGAAUCCGUCAAAAAACAAGUCCAACAAACUUUAUUUUAUUCAGUCUCCAAUAUACAAUAUUGCACCAUCACCUACAAUUGAAAGUUCAUUGGCAAUCGGGUUUCAAAAUGGAGCUAUAAUUGUCGUUAAAAUUGACUCUGAAUUGAAUGGAAGGAUAGCGCGUCGACUAAAUGGUCAUGACUUUGAAAUUCAAAGCCUAUCAUGGGAAUUACCAAAUGGAGAUUGUCACACUGCAAAAUAUACUUUACUUGCUUCCGGAUCUCGAGAUAAAACUAUACACAUUUGGAACGUCGAAGAAGAAAGCUCAAUAAAAACAAUUAAUUUACCCCACCCGAUGCACCAUCUUACCGACCAACAAAAAUCACGAGUGGGUGACUUACUCAUAUGGGAUUUAAAUGUUUCAACUACGAAAUAUCAAAAAUUAAGUGGCCAUUCUCGAAGCGUUUUUUCAAUUGUGAUGUAUGCAUGUGGUACGAAAGCUAUAACAGUGUCGAUGGACCGAAAGAUUAUUCUCUGGGAUCUUAUCCAAAAAAAACAAAUUUUUACCGUCUCUUGUAUUCACAAUUACGUUAGUGACAUUGACGUUUCUGUAGUGGAUCCACAUAGGCUUGCCAUUGCAAGUGGUGAUAAUAAUAUCCGUGUAUGGGAUAUCGCGAAUAAGCAUGAUCCAUUUAGCUGCACAUUGUAUUGGAAGGGCCUAAAAAAUAAACUUACAUGCAUAAAAUGCCACCCAAAUCGUGAAGGGUUCCUUGCAUUUGGAACCGAUCUGGGUAAUAUUGGCUGGUAUGAAAUAUAUAACGACAAAUCCAAAACUUUCAAUUCUUAUCAUAAGAGCAAGGUCUAUUCUAUCCAUUGGUGUAAACCUGAAUGGCUAGGUCUAGGUUCAACAAAUGAGAAUUCGGACCAUAGCUUAAUUAUCAGUUGUGGUGGGAAUGGCCAAAUACUUUUAAGUGAUACUACGAAACCAAAGCAAUCUAUGAUCGUAAAUGACAUGAUAAAAGAUGCAAAUCCCGAGUGGACUGCGGUUAUGAAGGAUAAGUCUGGUUAUCUACCAAAACGUACCGAAAUUGCGGUUCACCCAGCGGGUAGAUUUCUUGCUAUUGGUAAUUUCGAUGGUAGCAUCGAGGUUUAUGAUCUACCGUAUGCUAAGGCGAUGGUUCCUAUUGAAGUUCAAAUGCUUGAUAAUUUCAACAAAUUUUCAAUUUCAGAUGACGUAGGAAAUUCAUUUUCCCUUGCGUCUGGAGCAGAUGAUAAUUUAAUUAUGAUUCACGAUUUUUCCGAUUUAAAUAAAUUGAUUUCUACAACUACUGUACCAACUUCUUCAUGCAAACAAGUCCUUGAAAUGCAUAAGAAAGGAGUAACUGACUUAUCUUGGAGCCCUUCUGAUGCUAACAAAUUGGUCUCUUCAUCGUUUGAUGGCACUGCUAUUGUGUGGGAUAUACAGCAUGGUAUUCCAAUUUCUAUAUUUCGUGGCCAUCAUGGUCGAUUAUUAUGUACAGUUUGGAGCCUAGAAGAUGAAGAUGCAGUUUUCACAGGUGGAGACGAUGCUGCAUGCUUUUGCUGGAAAAUAUCUGAAAAUUUGUAUGAACACCCUAAAGAUUUCAGUUCAGAAAUUAAAAGUGACAUCGUCCUGUCUGAUGCUGUUACAAAAGAUAAUAUAUCGCAGCCAUUAGCUGAACCUACUUUAACGACACUCGAUAAGAUAGAACAUACGACAACGGCAACACAUGCAACGACAGAUACACCCGAGCCAAUUCAGAAGGCUGAAGUUCGCGCAUCCAAAAAAAAAAAGUUUAAGAACCUUUUACCUUUGGGAACAUCUCCUUCUCGAAGAAAAAAUCUUCAAUACAGCACUUUUGAUAUUGCAAGAAAGUUAUAUGGUGGUGAUAUAGCAAAAGCAAUGGAAUUUUGGGUAGAUAAUGAGCAUAAAGGUCAAAAGCUAACCGAUGAAACAGAUAAUAUCGAUAUCCAAACUCCACCAUUUGUAGAACUGUUUUUUGUAAAGUCGCAUAAUAAUUCAGGAAUUUCUAUGGGUCUAGGAGGCUUGGAAGUCGGCCCUGCUUUGCCUUUGCAAAUUUGGUCUAAUAAUUUUGCUGAGCUGAUUAAAAAUUAUGAAGAUAAUGAGUUUUCCAAUAAAGAUUGGAUACUUCUUGCCCUUAGUCCAUUGGCUGGCCGAGAUGUAUGGCAGUCCUUGGUACGCCUUCAAGCUGAGAAACUUGUAGCCAAAAACGACCGUCAUGGUGCGGUUUUAUGUUGGUUGGCAUGUGGAGAAGUCUAUGAGGCUGUCGAAGUUUAUCGCAAAGCUGAAAUGUAUCGUGAAGCGAUCGCUUUAGCAAAACUUCGUUUGAUCGAUGAGGAUCCUAUCUUUUCGGAUCUAUAUAGCUUAUGGGCUAUUCAAUUAGAAAAAGAAGAAGCAUACGAACAGGCUGCUAUGUGCCAUUUAGCUGCGAAAAAGGAAAAUUCAAUUCAUCAUGCAUUAAACGCUUUAUCACGUCGUGGUGAUCCCUCAGCAUUACGUACUGCAGCAAGUUUAGCAUUGAUGCUUGGGGAUUCGUCUGCGGAAGAAAGAAUAUCGAGAUAUUCUGAAGAUCAGGAAAUAAGAAGCUCUAAAAAAAGUAACCAAAUAGAAUCAUCAGAUAAUGUGAAACAAAUUGAAGAGUAG